AUGGCCGACAUUCUCCCCAAGAAGAAGACGAAGAAGGGCAAGAAGAAGGCCGCCACCAGCUCCGCCAGCGAAGACGAAGGUGGCUCCGACCUACUCCCCGUCGGAGGACUCGGGGACAGCCUGCCCACAAAAGAUCUCACAAACACCGCUUCAGGAGCAGUCAGUGGAGUAACUGGUGCUCUGGGCGGACUGGGCGGAGAAGAAUCUGGCGGCGGCGGCAAAAGCGACACACUGAAGCUGAGGCUGGACCUCAAUCUCGAAAUUGAAAUCCAACUCAAGGCAAGGAUUCACGGUGAUCUGGAGCUGUCCUUACUGUAA